AUGGCGGCGGGCGCCUCGGACCCCUUGGAAGAGAUGCUGCUCUUCUCCGAGGAGGUGGACGAGAAGGCGGUCAGCGAUCUGGUGGGCUCCUUGGAAUCGCAGCUGGCCGGCGGCCGGAGCUCCGCCGAGGCGCCCCAGCCCAAGACCUCCGCCCCGUCCCAGCAGCAGCAGCAGCCGCAGCAGCAGCAGCACCAGGGGAGCCUAGCGGGGGGCAGCAGCCCCGUCCGGCAGCAGCAAGGGCAUCCCGCGCUUCCUCCCACUCCUGUGGCAGAGGAGGCGGCGGCGGGGUGUCCCGGAGCCGCGGAGAGCCGAGCCCCUACUCAGGGGCAGCUCCCGUCCCCGUCCCCCCCGGCGGCGGCAGCGGCGGCGGCAGCGGCGGCGGCAGGGAGGGGAGUGAGUGUAAACAGUAGUAGUGUGCAGCAAUCACAUGGAGCGGCUCUCCUCAGCAGCGGCGGCAGCCCCGGCGCGCCCGCCGCCCCUGCCCCUGCGCAGCCCGCCGCUCUCUCGCCCUCCGGCGCCCCUGCCCAGCCUGUCAACAACCAUGUGGCUGCCGGCGCCACUGCCCGGGAAGCGGGAAGCCCCAGCCCCAGCGGCAGCCCACCCGCCGCCGACAGCACGCUACCGCCGUCGCAGCGCAACGAGGCCGCGGGGGGGAGCGGGACCCCGGCCGGGGGGGGCGGGCCGGCGGGAGUGGCGGAGGGUGCUUCUGCUGCCGCCACCGCUCCGCUCCCCGGCGAGGCGGCGCCCAACGGGGAGGGUGCCGGGGGCCGGCCGGCGGCAGUCCCACCAGUCAGCAGCCACGGCAGAACAGACGCUGCCACGGCACAGAUAAAACCCGCGCACGGCCCGCUCUCCGCAGUAAACGCACUCAGUAACUCAGCCAGUUCCGUGCCCGCCGCACCGCCGGGGCAGGGCUCUGCCGCCAACUGCGCCCCGGCUGCCCCUGCAGCGCCCAAGCCCGCGGUCAGCGCUGCCAAGUCAGGCGCUGCCCCCCUCGCAGCCCCGCAGGCUCUUUCGCCCCGUCCGGCAUUGAGUGCUGCCCCCAGGAUCGUUGCCCCGCAGCUGAUCAUGAGGCCGCAGCACCAGACCACCAUCCAACUGCCCCCCGGCUUCACCAUCCCGCCGGGUAUGGUCUUAGUGCGCACAGAUGCUGGACAGCUUGUAAUGGUGCCUCAGCAGGCUCUAGCACAUGCCCAAAUGCAGGCUCAAGUACAUACGCAGGCACAGGGUCCUGCCACCAUGUCACCGAGACUUUCCGUGCCCACAGCUGGCCCUGUUUUUCGCCUAUCAACACCUCAGCAACCAACUUCUGUAGCCACAUGUCCUGUCCGCCUGGGACUUCCAGUGCAAGCCAAAGUUGUUCAGUCAGCUGCACCUGUCAGUGCUACAUCUGCUGCAACUCUGCCAGGAGGCUCUAUUCUCGCCCAUACCACAGUGUCAGUAGCUACGACGAGCGCUCAGAAUUUAUUCAAGGCAACAGUAGCAACUGGAGCAUCAACUUCUCAACAACUUGCAGUAAUUACUGGUGGACAAACUCAAGCUUCAGCACAAACCCAGGGUCAGCCUCGACUGCCAGUUCCACCUCAUACAACAGCACAAGUACCAGCACAGCCCCAUGUCAUACCAAGUUCUCCUGUAGCUGGAAAUACAGUUGUAUCACAGGAAAUGCAAGAGAAUGUGAAAAAAUGCAAAAACUUUUUAGCUACCCUUAUAAAACUUGCUUCUCAUAAUUCACCAUCUCCAGAAACAUCCCGUAAUGUGAAAGCUCUGGUUCAAGAUUUGCUGGAUGCGAAGAUUGAUCCAGAAGAAUUUACAGCUCGCCUUCAGUCAGAGCUCAAAUCAUCUCCUCAGCCAUAUCUUGUACCUUUCCUUAAGAAAAGUCUGCCUGCAUUGAGACAAUCUUUACUGAAUAGUCAACAUUCAGUUUUGCAAGGACAGCCGUCUCAGCAGUCACUUCAACAAACCAAGCUAUCACAAGUUAUACCUCAGUCUGCCUCUGGAAGCAUUUCCUCUGUUGUCACCACACAGACAAUGGGAAUAAGGCAACCAAACAACGUUUGCACAGUCUCUGUAUCAAAUACAGUGCAGCCUCCUCAGGUUAAGGUGGUACAAUCAAAUCAGAGUUCUCAACUGCAGAUUAUCCAGUCAACAUCUGCUCAAACUGUGAAACGAACCCCUGCUUGCCAGACUACCCAGAUUAGGAUGCCAGUGGUAAUAACUCAGACCAUUAGACCACAAGGCGCAGUAGGGAAGGCACCAACAAUACAAGCCAGCAAAAGUCCUGGGGGCUUUGGUGUUCAGGUCUCUGCAAAUCAGAAAAACAAGCUGAAUGACCCUGGAGGUGGUUCUUUCAGAGAUGAUGAUGACAUCAAUGAUGUUGCCUCUAUAGCUGGUGUUAAUCUUAAUGAAGAAAGUGCCCGCAUUUUGGCUGCCAACUCUGACUUGGUUGGAACUCAGAUACAGUCCUGUAAAGAUGAACCUUUUCUUGCUGUUAUACCUCUACAUAAACGCAUACUUGAAAUUGCUAAAAAACUUGGAAUUACUGAUGUGCCAGCUGAAGUGGUUACUUUUAUUUCCCAUGCAACACAAAGCAGAUUAAGAACAGUGAUAGAAAAAGUAACAAUGAUAACCCAGCACCGGAUGGAAUCGUACAAAGAUGAUGAGUGGUAUGAACAAUCUACAGAUGUCCGAUCACAAUUAAAGUUUUUUGAACAGUUGGAGCGUUUAGAAAAGCAAAGGAAAGAUGAACAGGAGAGGGAAAUCUUGCUGAAGGCUGCCAAGAGUCGCUCAAGGCAAGAAGACCCAGAGCAAGCCAGACUGAAACAAAAAGCAAAGGAGAUGCAGCAACAAGAACUUGCACAGAUGAGGCAGAGGGACGCCAAUCUCACUGCAUUGGCAGCUAUUGGUCCUCGGAAGAAACGGAAGCUUGAUUCACCUGGACUGCUUGCCACAGGAGGAGAGGGUCUCAGUAUGUCUAGUGGAGGUCAGGCUGGUUUGGGCACUCCUUCAUCCCGGCAGUAUGCACGACAGAAAAUAACUCGCAUAAACCUCAGGGACUUCAUCUUCUACAUGGAACAGGAAAGAGAAAUGAGGCAUUCUCUCCUGCUCUAUCGAGCUCUGCUUAAGUAAAGCCAAGAAUUGUACUGAAUUCUCCAUACGGAAGCUCAACUUGCAUUAAAAAGCUGUCAUUUUAAUGUGCCUUCUAUUUUUUUCAGAAGUCAAUGUUCCAGUAAUUUUAUUUUGUAAAAUUGUCAGACACAUGCAAUAAAUUUCCUUUAUGUAAAAAAAAAAAGAGAAACAAAACAACAACAAAAAAAACAAACCCACACACACAAAAAAUGUGCAAAAGGUUUUAAAAUGUUAAAUCUAGAGAUACAACCACCAUCAAAGUCUUGCUCCAUUUGGCCACUUUAGGUACAGCUGCAGUGGAUGGUGUUGACUGGUAAGGCUGUUGCAAUGGCUCACCACAACCAUCUGCAUAAGGAAGACUGGGACAGGUUUACAGGACUGGAACCUAACUGUGAUGUUAACCUGUAUGUUCAUGGAAGGCACUGGGUUUGUUUCCUCUUUAGUUUCACUAGCAGUUUCCUCUAACCAUGGUUACAGCGUAUCUGUUGUUAUUUUAGAUUAGUUAUAAUUGCAGUCUUUUGCACAGCUAAGAGAAUAGCCACUGCACACUCUCACACAUUUUAUAUAGUUGGGAUUUCUGCUUUUACUGCACAGCUCAUUUCCUCUGAGCCAUUUGCUGAACCAAAUCCUAAGUGUAUGAGAUCUGUGUGCUUGGGUUUCAGCUGAGUUACGUGGACUAGCAUCCGGUUGUUUUCUAAAAUCUUCUCAACCUUUUGCACAUUUGUAGCAACUGGUUAGUAAUGUGAAUCAAAGUUGGGUUUUAUUUUCUAAAACAAAGUUAAAAAAAAUUCUUAUUUAUUGCAGAGUAUGGUUUAAUGGUGGUUUUCGAAGAGAGUAUUGUUCAGUGAAGAUUUUAGAGUAUUGUACACAUGGAUUUUAAAGUUGCUGUAAGGGAAGUUUUGGGGGCUGAUUCCACUCUUGGAAGAUCAAGUGAGCCCUGGUGCCACAGUGCCUGGCCAUGUCGUGGCCUUGGAAGACUGGACUCCAGUCCAGAGAGGCACAUGAACAAGUGCAUGACUGAAGCAUAAUGAGUAGUGUUAAGUACUUAAAGGUGGGAUGAAUGUUUUUUAAAUGCUUUGCUGAAGUGGGAUAUAAGAGGCCUACACCAAAGCCAAGUGACAUUAGUGUAUUUUAAAUGGGUAUUGGCUAGAAGUAUUGGGCAGGCAGGUGGGCACAAGUUCUACUUCAAGCAUAACAGUAUUAGGAGUAACCAUCGAAGGGGAGACAUUUGCAUAUUUAUCUUGUCAAUGUUAUGCUUGCCACUUUUUUGAGGCAAUUUUUUUUUUUCGGAUGGGGAAAAAAUAACGAAAGCACAAAUAGAACUAUUUGUCCGAUAGUUUUAAAACAAAAGUUUUAAUUAUUUUUUAAGGUUUAUGAAAAGCAGAAGAAAAUUUAUACUGCUGCUAUUUAGCCAAAAGAUAAUUCAUAACAUAUUUAAGGCCAGAAAGUGUAAAAUUAUGUUUUAAAUUUAUUGAUAAUUUGUACAUGUUGUUUAUAAAGG